GCGUGACGUAGCAGCUGUGACCCAUUCUUGCCCCCUCAGUACUAGAGUCUCGCGGCUUCGCUCACGCGCCUUGGGCAUAAGAGUCCUCUCGCUGGUACCGGAGGUGGACUUGCGCUCACAGGGGGCGACCGUCGCCACGGUGGCGGCCACUGCAUCGCGUCCCACCUCCGCGGCCCUGGGCGCCGUGGUGUUGGCGGGCCCCGAACCUAUGACUGGCCAGGGCCAGUCGGCGUCCGGAUCGUCGGCGUGGAGCACGGUAUUCCGCCACGUCCGGUAUGAGAACCUGAUAGCAGGCGUGAGCGGCGGCGUCUUAUCCAACCUUGCGCUGCACCCGCUCGACCUCGUGAAGAUCCGCUUCGCCGUGAGUGAUGGAUUGGAACUGAGACCGAAAUAUAAUGGAAUUUUACAUUGCUUGACUACCAUUUGGAAACUUGAUGGACUACGGGGACUUUAUCAAGGAGUAACCCCAAAUGUAUGGGGUGCAGGUUUAUCCUGGGGACUCUACUUUUUCUUUUACAAUGCCAUCAAGUCAUAUAAGACAGAAGGAAGAGCUGAACGUUUAGAGGCAACAGGAUACCUUGUCUCAGCUGCUGAAGCUGGAGCCAUGACCCUCUGCAUUACAAACCCAUUAUGGGUAACAAAAACUCGCCUUAUGUUACAGUAUGAUGCUGUUGUUAACUCCCCACACCGACAAUAUAAAGGAAUGUUUGAUACACUUGUGAAAAUAUAUAAGUAUGAAGGUGUACGUGGAUUAUAUAAGGGAUUUGUUCCUGGGCUGUUUGGAACAUCACACGGUGCCCUUCAGUUUAUGGCAUAUGAAUUGCUGAAGUUGAAGUACAACCAGCAUAUCAAUAGAUUACCAGAAGCCCAGUUGAGCACAGUAGAAUAUAUAUCUGUUGCAGCACUAUCCAAAAUAUUUGCUGUUGCAGCAACAUACCCAUAUCAAGUCGUAAGAGCUCGUCUUCAGGAUCAACACAUGUUUUACAGUGGUGUAAUAGACGUAAUCACAAAGACAUGGAGGAAAGAAGGCAUCGGUGGAUUUUACAAGGGAAUUGCUCCUAAUUUGAUUAGAGUGACUCCAGCCUGCUGUAUUACCUUUGUGGUAUAUGAAAACGUGUCACAUUUUUUACUUGACCUUAGAGAAAAGAGAAAGUAAGCUCAAAGAGGACAAUUCCAGUAUAUCUGCCCAAGGCAGCAACAAGCUGUUUUGUGUUUAAGGCAUAAAAGAAGAAUUCUGCAUAGAAACAUGGCUCAUAUUCGUAACUGGUCUAUAGUCAUUAGAAACCAGAGAACUGCUAAGUCUUCUGCAAUGUUUUUCUGCUUUUUGCCUUCCCCAUAUAUAUGGAACUUGGCUACCUCUGCCUGAAAUGGCUGCCAUCAACACAAUGUUAAAACUGACACGAAGUGUAGAGUUUCACAGAUUUCUAUGUUUUAUUGGUGGAAGCUGAUUUGCAACAUUUGCUAAAUGGAUUAGAUGAAUGUACUUCUUUUUUGUGAGCUUACUUGCCUGGAUUGCUUUAAAAUUAACCUUUGUGCAAUACCAAGAAAAUGGCUCCUUAAAAGAAUGUCUUUGUACGUCUCAAGGUAAAUUAAGGAUUUACUGAAUAAGAUGUUGACCAAAUCCAGACCAUUUUAUUUUAUUUUUUUAUUUUUUGAGAUGGAGUCUUGCUUUGUCGCCCAGGCUGGAGUGCAGUGGCGUGAUCUCGGCUCACUGCAAGCUCCGCCUCGCGGAUUCACGCCAUUCUCCUGCCUCAGCCUCCUGAGUAGCUGGGACUACAAGCACCUGCCACCAUGCCCUGCUAACUUUUUUUUAUAUUUUUAGUAGAGACGGGGUUUCACCAUGUUAGCUAGGAUGGUCUCAAUUUCCUGACCUUGUGAUCCGCCCGCCUUGGCCUCCCAAAGUGCUGGGAUUACAGGCGUGAGCCACCGCGCCUGGCCAGACCAUUUUAGAAUUGGGAAAUUUUAGUGAGAAAAAAUGCACUGUAAAUAUGCUUUAGUUUUAAUUCAAUUGGGAUGCACUACCUAGCGAAAAUUGAGAAACUAUAUACUUCUCAGAGAAAUAUCUGACAUCUAUUGUCAUUCCAUUGCUAAUUUUUUUCCCCAGAGGCUUCCAUAAUUUAAAAUAAAAUCCUAGAUCCAGUUCUUGUUUUUUGGCAUAAAUACUUAAUCUAUUUUAAAUUUAUAAAAUCUGAACUUCUAGGAUCCAGCUGUGUCAACCUUUAUUUAGCAUAUAUAGCUAUAAAUCACUUAUUACAGAUGCUAAAUAGAUAACCUUUUACAGAUGCUGAAAUGUUUGGGAUGUGUUUGUUGACAAAGUGAAUGGAAAUGAGAAACUUUAUACUUUAGUUUUCAGAUAUAUGGAUCUAGAUCCCAAAUAAAUGAUUAAUCUUCAUUGGUUUCUCAAAUUCAGGUUGAAAUACAAAUUAAUAGCCUUUAUUGAUUUUACUUUUAUGAGUCAUUGUAGACAUCUAUAAAUAUAAAAGGGCCUGUUCCCAAAGGAUGCCAGAAUACUAGAAUUUUUAUUUAUUGUAAACAUCCACGAGUGCUGUUGCACUACCAUCUAUUUGUUGUAAAUAAAACAGUGUUGUUUUCAAAGCCAUCUUUAAAUAGUUCUUUAAAAAUAGGUCUAUUUUUUUAUAUUUUGGAAAAGGCAUUGUUUUUAAAGAUAAAAUGAUAAGUACCUAAUUGUAUUUACUGUAAUAUCUUGUAACAUGCAGAUGAAUGCUUUAUAAGUUAAAUGUGAUGUAUUUUUUCAUACUUCUGGAUUAUACUAUAAUUCAUAUGAAAUCUUGAUAUUAGUCCCCAUAUGGAAAAAAUGAACUGCAGUUGAUAUUUGGUGUUUAAGAUAGCACCAUUAUUUAAAUACCGCCUAUGUACUCCCAAAUGAAUAAAACAUAAUUCUUGUCCUCUGAGAGCAUA